AGACCUAGAAUUCUCAUUCGCAACCGUCAUGACAAAUAUUUAUGAGAAGCUUCCAUCAAUUGUAUGUAGAUCAGAUCAGCUGGGGUCAGGCGAGCGUUCCAAUCUGUUCGUUGGUCGAGGUUCGUCCAUAUAAAUUGAUAUGCACCGCUCCUUAUACAGUUUAGUGGAGAAUAGGAAAUUACGAGGAAAGUACUGGAGGCAAAUACACUUCUCUUCCAGAAGGAAUCAAUUCAUAGGGUUGACCAUCGAUUAAGGCAGAUAACAUGAAGGGGAUAAAAAGACAGAAAAUGGACACCGCUGAAGAGGAACCACGAAUCGUUGAGGUCAGGCGGUCAAGCGAAUGGUACAAAGUGCACUGGAAUAACGGGUACACGGGUCGAUACCCAUUUGUCUGGCUUCGUGAUAACUGUCGAUGUCCAUUGUGCUACUACCCGAGCUCGAAGCAAAGGUGUGUUUUGCUAUGCGACAUCGACGUCGAAAUGGAACCGGAGAGCGAGGAGAUCAUCGACAACGGCGAAGAACUUAAGAUAUAUUGGCCUGAUAAACAUGUGAGUCCGUUUCCAUCCCGUUGGCUCUAUCACAAUCGCUUUGACAAGGUACAGUAUGACUCAGUGAAAGAUAUCAAGCCCAAGCCUUGGGGUUCGGAAAUGAUCAACCAACUUCCAAAGUUCGAUUAUAAGAAAGUAAUGGAAGACUCAAGAGUCCUACGGGACUGUUUGAGGAGUCUAAUCGUGAGUGGUAUUGCCGUGUUGACUGGAGCACCAAAGGAACAGGGGGUAACUGAAGAGAUUGGUAAACGCGUGGGUCACCUAAGGACUACUAUGUAUGGUAAAACGUUUGAAGUCCUUGCGAUUGCGUCUUCAAGUAACCUUGCCUACACCACGUUGAAACUUGGGUUGCAUGUGGAUCUUCCAUUGUAUGAGAUUCCUCCCUCUAUCCAAAUGCUCCAUUGCAUCAAGCAAUGUGAGACUAUCGGAGGUGAGAGUCAGUUCUGCGACGCCAUGAAAGUCACCAACGACCUCAAGGAAUCCGAUCCAGAGUUUUACGACACCCUCACUCGGGUCAAAGUUGACUUCCGGUUGCGCGGGAAAGACUUCAUCCCCUAUCACUACCAGCAUGCCCGACCGAUCAUCGAGCUCGAUGAGAAAGGAGAAUUCAAAGCUAUAUCACAUAACAAUGCUGUCAGGGCACCCUAUAUGAACAUACCUGUUGAGGAGGUCAAAAACUUCUACAAAAGUCUGGCCUAUUUAGAUAGGAAGUUAAACGACAAAGAAAACAUGAUACAGUUCAAGCUGAAGGAAGGCGAGGUUGUGAUAUUCAACAAUAACCGUGCAAUGCAUGGUCGAAGUAGCUUUCGAAUGGCACAGGGGUAUGACGAGGGCAAGAAAACCAGGCACCUUGAAGGAGGUUACCUUCAAUGGGAUGUCGUUAAAUCAGCUAUCAGACUCCUUGACGAAGAACUUGAUGACAUCACCAUCCACUAAGACUUCCACAAUGUAAACUCAAUCAAACGACAAACUGAAUUGCUCUCCUAGCAUAUCUUCCUCUUCAUUGGUCCAAUUCUGUUGAUCCGAACUUUCCUUUACGUGGCCGAUAGAUGGCGCUAUGAAAAUCAUAUAUUUUUUCCUUCGUCCUCUUACGUUAGGGGUAAGGGUGAGUGUGUGGGGGGGGGGAGGGGGAGGAGGUAUAGGUGAAAUAUACUUCCUCUAAUUUACGUUAAAGAAUUUCUUAAAUAUCUAUUUUUUAAUGUGCAUUUUUGUGCAAAAAGAAAAUUAAUUUGACAUUUUAAAUAAUGCAUGUACAUAUAUAUUUUGUUUUUAUUUUCCUUCACAAGAAUUUUUUUUUUUUAAUUGAUAUAUUGAUUUGAGAUAGAUCUGGCAUUUGUGUCUGCUAACAGUAAUAUCGACCUAAUGUCAUUAAUUUCUUUGUUUUACAUCAAUUUUUUUGUUUUACAUGGCUUUUUUGGUGAUUUUUUCUUUUUGGUGUAUCUGAAACUGUGAAAUCUUAUUUACAGAGGAACAUGUAAAAUAUUAUUUAAACAAACAAAAAAUAAUGUUUAUUACUUCAUCUAAAUGUUAAAGGGCAAGUCCGCCCCAACUGGAGAUUAGUUUGAAUAGGGGGGGGGGGUAAAACAAGGAUAGCGCUAGGUAUUUCAUCGGGGUCGGAUGUGAAAUGGGAAGGUUAUGCGUUUUAGGGAUUCCCUUCAUUACGCAAAGCAGUUGUGUUCACAUCAAGAUCCCUGUGCAAAUGAGGGGACUGAUAACGUCACACACUCAUUCAACUGUUUUUAUUCUAUUUCAUUGUAUAAAAUAUUUUAUUUUCUCCUGAUUGCCAUGUUAAACAAAAGUUUAAUUCCUCCCCGAACAUUAGGAAUUACCAUUGUUUUAAUACUUUGUUGUUUGAUUGAAAAAUUGAAUUAUUAGUAUAAUUCAAACAAUGAAAAACAAAAGGAAAUGGUGAGGGACGUCACUGACUUUCUAAUUUGCGUAUCACUAAUUUGUGCAUGAGGCUGUUUUGUGGAAGUCGGGUGGAACUUUGGCAUGUCAUUUAUAUCAUUUUGCAUCCGACUUUGAUGGAGUUUUCGAUGCUAUACUUCUUUAAAUUUUCCAUCUUGGUUCCAAUAAACUUUUUUUUCUGGUUUGUUCUUGACUUUUAAAAACAUCAUCUUAUUUUUCUUUUCUUUUCCUUUCUUUUCUUUUCUUUUCUUUUCUGUAUAAGAUUAUGUGCAAAAUGAGGAUUGAUUUAAAAUUCAUAUUGUACGUAUUUUCAUUCCUCAUUAAGAAAUGAUUUCAAAUAUGCCGUUAUGUUGAUUUGAGAUAGUUUCAUAUUUGUUUAUGCUGAUAUUCACAUCGAAAAUUGUAUUAUUUUGUUUGUUAGUUGUUUUAAAUGCAAUAUUUUAUUGUACUUGACUUUAUGUGAUUGUAUCUGAAAUUAUAAUUUCCUAUUUAAAGGAAUAAAGUAUAAUUU